GGGGCAAAUAGAGAUGUUUGGCGAGCGUUGUUCCCGCUGCAUAACAGUUCAAAGUUCAAAGUUUUGUAAAUACUAAAGGUCGUAUUCGGAGGAGCCUGUGCUUAACAAAGUACUAAUAAAAAGAUAUUGAUUGCAAGAGCCUUCAAUUUUACGGCGUGGAUUCUGCUCAUAGUUAAACUCGCUUAGAAAGAGGCGUAUGCUGAAUUCGAAAUAUAUAUAUUGCUGCCGAUGAUUCAGAUCCACUGCACUGUUUCAAAGCAAGCACUGCAUAUUAGAUCUUUUUGAACUCUGCAAACGAAUUUUAGUAAACGUUUCCUCAACCGCCAACGGCCUAAACUGGGAAUAUGGCAAAGACGUCCACUUUGCGGACCAGGCGUGCAGCGGAGGCUGAGCCCGAUGAGCCACGGGAAGGCGGCUGGGGUAUAGUGGUGGUCAUCGCCGCUCACCUGUCCUUCGCAAUCCAGUUGGGCAUGAUGCGGAGCCCAGGCGUCUUGUAUCUUAGCUGGCAGGACGAUUUUGGCACCAACGACAGAGAGACGGCGGCCGUUCAGAGCGUCUUUUCUUCCGUGUCCUGUUUCAGUGUUUUCCUCGGAGGGAUUCUGACGGAACGUUUCGGCUGCAGAAUUUCAGGAAUGGCCGGGGGAAUUUUGAUGACGCUAGGUUUGCUCAGUAGCUACUGGGUGACUGAUUUUUAUCAACUGUACUUCACUUUUUCCAUAAUCGGAGCAGGAACAGGGAUUUCUUCUAAUUCAGCUGUGGUUGUCGUUGCGAUGUACUUCAAAAGGAAAUACAAAAUAGCCCAUGCAUUAGCCAUCUCAGGCGAAGGAACGGGCAUCAUGGCGGCUCCGCCUCUUCUCCAAUUUCUUUUGGAAAGCUUUGGAUGGAGAGGAACGCUUCUGAUCGCCUCUGCAGUUGCAGCAAACAGUGUUGCAUUUUGCGCACUAUUUCGCCCCAACGGAGCAACACAGAAAUCCAAAGACAAUCUCAAUUCGAAUCAACAAAACCCGGCGGCCAAAAACGGUUCGGAGACAGCCAACAUGUCCAAUGAUGAACACAUUAACGACGAAAACUCUCGCCGUAGUGACGAUGUACUCGAACUUGAACAGAUAGGCCUACCUACGGAACAUGGGACAACUGCCAACAGCAAAACUGGUUAUGUCUCGCUCACAUUUGACACCAAGAACUCGAAUCCCAUUUUAAAACUACUCAAAAGAUUAUUAGUUUCGCUGGGGUUCCAUCUGUUUGUGAAAAGCUACCGCUUCGUUCUGCUGUGCGCCGUUUACCUGGAGUUCGACAUCCCGUACCUGGGAUUCGCGGUCUACCUCGUUCCCCGCGCACAGAGCGUGGGUGUGGCGCCCUCUAGCGCCGUCAUCUUGCUCAGUAUUUUUGGCAUCGGGAACUUGCUCGGUCGUCUUGGAAGCGGAUUGCUGGUGAGCUGGAGGAUAUCGGCUGAGCACGUGACCGCCAUCUCCAUGCUAAUUGCGGGCGUGUCCUUACUGCUCCUGAAAUUGGAAAGCUAUUACGUUUUUGCGAUAGCUUCGUUUCUAUUUGGAUUCGUGUCGGGGUUCUUUUUCGCCAUCAUGAUCGUUUUAACCCGGCAGUUUGUCGGGGUAAGAAAAUUAGCAGUUGGACUUGGAUUCAGCCAGAUCUUCUUGGGCAUAGGAGCAAUAAGUGGGCCCCUUUUAGCGGGAUGGAUUCUGGACCUAACCGGUGAUAGCUAUCAGACAGUUUUCUACGUGGGUAGUGCAGUGUGCUUCAUCUGUGCUGUACAAAUGCUCCUCCUACCCCUACUGAGACGGGUGGAACCAGGCAUCGACAUCAGCCCCAACGAUAUCUGACGGAACAAGUUGAAUUUUGGAAAGAGGACAAAAUCACGAGACCCUGAUUAGCGGGUUUAACAUAAAUUGCCCUUUUUAAUAUUACUAUUAAAUUUGUAUUUCUUUUACGAUGUUUUUUUUUGCGAUUGGCUGUUUAUAUUGGAAGUUCAAAAUAAGGGCAAUAAACUAAAUGAAAAUAAGAACAAAAGGAGGGAAUAUUUGAACUGAGGCUUGGUGAAAGGUGACUGAAUUUCAGUUGCAAGUGAAAUUUGAUAUUACUUAUUUAAACAGCUUAACUGUCGUUUUGGGGCAUUAACAGUCAUCCUAAAUUCCCCUUAU